AAGAAAUAGAAGAAAGUAUACACCGAAACGAAAUUUUCCACAAAAAAAUUUUACAAAAUAUUUAUUUUGUUUCACGUAUACAACAAUUAUUAAAAUUAUUAAUAACGAUAAAUAAAAUAAGCCAAGAUAUUUUAGAAACAUAAAGUGUUCUAAUCAACUGAGAAUUAAAGAAAUUGAAUGUGUUUGCAGUGAAUUAAGAAAAUCGAAUAGAGAAAAACUUUUGCACAAGACACUGAAAGGAAGAAGCAGAUAAUAAGAAAAUAUUUUAUUUUUUUUAAUAAUAGUCAGUAGUAGUGUUGGAGUAAAGUAAAUGUGAAAAAGGGAUACUUGUUUAGGAAAACUAAAAAACAAGAAAACGUUUUUCGUUUUGUUAGUAAUAAUAAUACAAAUAUUGGCAAAUAUUGAAGAAGCCCAAGAAGAAGGCAACAACGGCGUCAUGUGGGACUCAUCCAUGUUCCUCAGCACUUUGACGCCCAAGUUCUAUGUGGCUUUGACGGGAACAUCCAGUUUAAUAUCAGGACUUAUAUUGAUAUUCGAGUGGUGGUAUUUUCGUAAAUACGGUACUUCAUUUAUAGAACAAGUUUCCAUAAACCACAUAAGUCCUUGGAUAAACGGCAGCGAUUCGUCUAGUGAUUUGAAUACCAACGGCAGUGGCAGCAGCUCCAGUAGUGGCUCAACAAACGGUAACGGGGCAACUGGCGUCGGCGUGACAUCGGCAAGUGGUCAACAAAUGCCCGAAUGUAAAGUAUGGCGUAAUCCGUUAAAUCUGUUUCGUGGUGCCGAAUAUCAGCGUUUCUUUUGGGCCACCAGUAAAGAGCCGUUAACUUACUAUGACAUGAACUUGUCGGCCCAAGAUCAUCAGACGUUUUUUACAUGUGAGGGUGAUGCGCGCAAAGAGGAAUAUGAGAUUAUGCAGACGGCCUGGCGCGAACGGAAUCCGGUGCAACGCAUAAAAUCGGCACACAAUGCAAUUGAAAUGAAUCCAGAAUGUGCUCCAGCGUACAUUCUACUGGCCGAAGAAGAGGCAACAACAAUUUUAGAGGCCGAACGUAUAUUGCGUACAGCUUUAAAAGUGGCAGAGCAAAAUUACCGCAAAUCACAACUUACUCAGCAUCAAGGACCCAUAGCAGAGGGCCUGCAUCGACGAGAUACGAAUGUUCUUAUUUAUAUAAGACGUCGCCUGGCGAUGUGUGCACGCAAAUUGGGUAAAUUAAAGGAGGCCGCGAAAAUGUUUCGCGAUCUAACAAAGGAAAUUCCUUCAAUAAUGAAUGUUCUAAACAUUCAUGAGAAUCUCAUUGAGACAUUAUUGGAGAUGCAAGCGUAUGCUGAUUGCCAAGCUGUAUUAGCAAAGUACGACGACAUCUCCUUGCCAAAAUCGGCAACAAUUUGUUAUACAGCGGCACUGCUUAAAGCCAGAGCGGUGGCAGAUAAGUUUUCACCAGAUAUCGCAUCUAAGCGAGGCCUAAGUCCGGCAGAAAUGUGUGCUGUGGAAGCUAUACAUCGAGCCGUUGAGUUCAAUCCUCAUGUGCCGAAAUAUCUACUUGAAACCAAACCUUUAAUCCUGCCACCAGAACACAUAUUGAAAAGAGGUGAUUCCGAGGCUCUGGCAUACGCGUUCUUUCAUUUGAAACACUGGAAGAACAUAGAAGGUGCAUUGAAUCUGCUACAUUGUACUUGGGAGGGAACAUUUCGCAUGUUACCUUAUCCCUUGGAACGCGGUCAUCUCUUUUAUCCAUACCCCACAUGUACAGAGUGUGCUGAUCGUGAGUUGUUACCGGCCUUUCAUGAAGUAUCCGUUUAUCCCAAGAAAGAGCUACCAUUCUUUAUACUCUUCACAGCGGGCUUGUGUUCUUUUACCGCCCUGCUGGCUUUGUUGACACACCAGUAUCCCGAACCCAUGGGUUUAUUGGCGCAAACAGUACUUACCUGGAUAUCAUAUCCUUUUCAAUUGCUCAAAGAACGCAUUGAAGCAUUUUGGCCUUGUAAUCUAUUGCAACAUUUGUCAAGAGUUUAAACAAUUUAUAAUACAAAAACUCCACCACCGUCGGCAGCGAUGAUGAUGAUAUAACACACGUUUAUACUCUCUCGCACAAUUAUUAUUAUUAUAAUUAUUGAUAACACUUUUAUAACUUUUGGUUAUUUUCAGCCAUUUAUUACUACAUACAGGUUAAACAUUGUUAGACUUUUCAGUUAUUCCUUAUUUUUAUUAUACUAUUCAUAAUUUAAUGAACUUUAUCCUGAUUUCUCAACUUUGUUCUCCUAAUUUAUUUAUUUACACUACUUACUACAUAUUAUUAUUUUUCUUACGUUUACAUGAAAAAUAAAAACCAACAUAUUUUUUAUUCUUUU